GACUCUGAUCAACCAGAACGAGUGUCGGAUUAAAUGUUUUUCUUUCUGAUCCGUCGGAGGAUUUAAUCUUUUAUUUUUUCUUUUAUUUUUUUCUCGUGUGUUCUUCCGGUCUGUGGCUGAGCUGACAGCAUGGGUUUACUCCUUCUCUUUGCACUCCUCCAGGUGGUCACGGUGAGCUUGGUGAGUGCUGGAUGUCCGGUGAUAUGCGAGUGUCCAGCCGGCCCCCCAUCCUGCCCCCCAGGUGUCAGCUCGGUCCCGGACGGCUGCGGCUGCUGUAAGGUGUGCGCCGCUCAGCUCAACCAGGACUGCCAUGAAGGACGGCCAUGUGACCACCACAAAGGCCUGGAGUGCAACUAUGGCAACGAUGUGGGUCGCACCAACGGCAUCUGCAGGGCGAAGGCAGAGGGCCGAUCGUGUGAAUAUAACGGGCGGAUUUACCAAAAUGGUGAGAACUUCCACGCUGGUUGUAAGCACCAGUGCACCUGCAUCGAUGGAGCGGUGGGCUGCGUCCCUCUCUGCCCCAGCCACGUGCCCCUGGCAUCCCCGUCCUGCCCCGCCCCCCAGCUGGUCAAAGUCCCGGGCCAGUGCUGCCUCAGCAUCGACUGCCACAAAGGAACCACGGUGGUUCCCCCGGUGCACCGACGACCCCAGCCUCCAGCUUACUCGCCGUACCCGUUCAUCCCCUACCCGGCCUACCCCUACCCGAAGCCUUACCCCAAACCCUUCCGGAAACUGUACCCCUACAAACCCAAGAAGGAGAAGGACGUGCUGGGGAACGAGCUGGUGGAGGUCGGACGGAAGUGGGAGAAGAUGCGUGGAAACAAACACCUGGCAGCCUGGACGCAGCUUGGAGAUCAGUGCGUGGUCCAGACUACAUCCUGGUCCCAGUGCUCCCGGAGCUGUGGGAUGGGCGUCUCGUCUCGUGUCACCAACGACAACGCCCGCUGUAAGCUGAUCAAGGAGACGCGUCUGUGCAACAUUCGUCCCUGCAGCUCCAUGUCUGUCCCCGUCAAGAAAGGGAGGAAGUGCUCUCGUACCCACAAGGCCCCGGAGCCCCACCGCCUGUCCUACGCUGGCUGCAGGAGCACCCGCCUCUACAGACCCAACUACUGCGGCGUGUGCAGGGACGGCCGCUGCUGCUCCCCCCGUCGUACACGUACCGCCAGCGUCGCCUUUGCCUGCCCCGACGGCGAGCGCUUCAACCGCUCCGUGAUGUUCAUCCAGUCGUGCAAGUGCAGUGACGAGUGCAACCAUCUGAACGAGGCGGCCAUGCCUCCUCAGCGAUGGCUCUACGGAGACACGCAUAAGUUCAUGGACUAACCCUGAACCCCAAAGACACCCGAACCAGACUUUAACUCCCUCAUAGUGAUCCCCAGUAUAGAGUAGCUGUCCUUAGUGUAUCUAUGAGUAGACACAAGCGAGGUGAACACGUGGAAACGUCUUUUAUGGAUGUUUGGGGAGAAAAAGGGAGAGGCACCAGUGACUGGAAGGAGAAAAGUGACCGGCCCAUGCUUUAGUGUAGAUAAAAAAGAGGUUUCUGGCCUUGUUGGACUUCUACGGAGAGGGUAAAACCGGCAACUGUGCUCCAAAAGUCCCCUAGACUCUGAGACUUUAUCUGGGGACGUUGGUGCAAAGAAAAACCGGUAUUUUGUCAUUGAUGGUUUGGGUUUUCAUCUCAGUACGUAGAGGAGCAGCAGGACGUGGCAAUAGCUCAAACCAAAUGAAGACGUAACGGUGAAGACAAAGCUGCAAACACGGGGAUCUGAAGGUGGAAAAGGAGAAGGGCUUGUGUCUUUUUCUGGUAUUUAUUCACUGGUAUUUAUUGUUGAGGCAGUGGCUGCUAUGUUUGGAGCAUCGCCACGGCUGUAUGGGGACCUGAGAGGGACAAAACAGCUGAGAGCUGUCAGCCACUGGACUCCUGUGGCUCCAGAGGUCACGGCGGUCGUGGAGCCGCGUGUAAUGACGGAUGAUGAAGGCCGCAGGCGAGAGGAGGAUGACGUAUGGACUCCAGAAAGGCCGAGCUGAACCUGCCGGGUCGAGGCUUUGUAAGCAUUAGCGGGGAAUAUGUCAGAGGUUGUUUACACAGCUGAACUCGUCCCCGGCCUCGCCUUCUGCGGGGAGCUGAGACAUUUAGCGAGCAGCAGAAGAACAAGGCUGGGAUUCUGGCGCCAAGAAGUCAACCGCCUAAUUCAGGGCAAAUUACCAUCCUGGCUCUGACAGGCAGUGAGAAAAAGAUCCGCCGCGCUCUUGUUUGCUAUAAAAGUGAAAUCUGAAAACUGAGGGAAGUAAACAUGUAAUUUGUGACUCGUGGUUGGAAAUGUUCUGGCGCCCAAUCUGGCCUGUAAUCGAGUCAGCUCACGGACACCAAACAAUAACUCACGGUUGUUCUUUUUUAGUUGUUUCUCUGUCUAAAAAAAUGCUUUAAAAAACACAAAGCUUUAUUUUUCUGCAGAUUUAAGAGGCUAGAGCUGCCAGUGGCUAUAAAGAAGCUAUUUCUGAAGACAAUAGAGGACAAAAUGAAUCACUUUAACCAUGAAACAGAGCAUAUAUUCAACUAGGACUGUGGUUAAAGUUCAUGCACCUUAUGACAGCCUCAUACGAAGCUCAUUAAGAAAGCGUUUAAAGGCUUACUAUGCGACGUCAGACCAAAACAAAUACUCUCUUUGCACACGCCUCCUCCAUCCCUCUGCUGCUCCCUUUUCUCUAGCACCUAAGAGGCAACCUGCUUGGUUGAAAAAUGAAACUAAUGUGCAAAUUUCAAAGCUAAUUUUGGCUCAAAAUUGCAGAAAGCUGCAGUUCCCAAAGUGAGCAUGUCAGUUUGUUUGCAGAAGCAAAUUAAUCUGUUAAAAUGGGUGCUCAGGAUCAGUUAAAACUUCAAGAAAUUAACAAGAAAUUAUAAGUUUUUGUUGGAAAAUUUACAAAAAAAUGUAUGGGCAUAUUUCUGCUGAAUGCAAUCAUAUUAAAAGGCCAUCAUAUUG